GGCUCGAGCUAAACUUCCCAGCCAGCGCAACGCUCGCCUGUGACUGGAGCGAAGAUGGCGGACCGUGAAAGUCCGCCGCCGCCUGCCCGGUCAAUGGCUCCAAUUUCUUUCGGGUUCACUCGCACGUCUGUCCGGAGGCGACUGGCAGACCUCGGAGAUGGCGAAAGACAGGCCCCAGAGGAGAAAGAUUUCUUGGCGACCGUGGAAGGGAGGGAGCUGCAGAGUGUGAACCCUCCCGAAGCCCCCAAGGAGCUGGUUAUCCCAUUGAUCCAGAAUGGCUCUCGCAGGCAACCUCUGUCCAAGAACCCUAAGCCAUCUUCAGAAACUAGCACCGUGUUGAUGUCAGACGGUGUGUUGUCCCAGGCUGUGAAGGAACUCAUUGAGGAAUCCAAGAAGUCUCUGGAGGAGAGGGAGAAUGCAGGUGUUGACCCCACGCUCACUAUCCCCAUGAUCCAGAAAGGAUGUACUCCCAGUGAGGAAGGAUCAGACAGCGAACCUCAGGCUGAGACAGUGCCAGAAGAAGCCGACUAUGAGGCAGUCCCUGUGGAGGCCUAUGGGCUGGCCAUGUUGCGGGGCAUGGGAUGGAAACCUGGCAAGGGCAUCGGCAAUACCUUCAGUCAGGUAGUGAAGCCCCGAGUCAACUCUAUAAGGCCCAAGGGCUUAGGGCUAGGUGCCAACCGGAUGGAGGCUCAAGACUUGGCUUCCGUAGGCUCUCACCACCCACCAAGACCAGAUGGGGAUCGAGAGAAUGAUAAGGAAGGCCAACCUCAAGGGCUGAUGCAUGGAAGAGCUGUGGUUGUCCUUUCUGGCCCCUACCGGGGCCUCUAUGGCAAGGUAGAAGGCCUAGAUCCUGACAAUGUACGGGCCAUGGUUCGGUUGGCAGUGGGCAACCGCAUUGUGACUGUUAGUGAGUAUUGCCUGCGGCCUGUUUCCCAGCAGGAGUUUGAUAGCCACACCUCGAAGCCAGGCCAUGUGAGCAAAACUUCCACAGAGCAGCAAAACAGAGCAGCUGGAACAGCCUCGUCAUUGAAGGCUGUACAGAAUCCGGAAGACUCAAAGAGGAGGCACAAGGAUUCGGAAAAGAAGCGGAAACACUCUCCCGACCGACAGGAUGGACCAGUGCCCAAGACUGAGAAAGCAGCCCCUAGAAACAAGCACUGGUUGCAUAGGGACCUACGUGUGCGGUUCAUUGACAAACUACACAAGAGUGGCCGCUAUUAUAACACCAAGAUGACAAUUGAAGAUGUCCUGAGCCCAGACACAUGUGUGUGUCGGACGGAUGAAGGCCGAAUUCUGGAAGGUAAGCCUGAGCUACUAUACCCAGGAUGUUCCCAGGAUGAUAAAGAACGGGUCUAUUUGAGGAGGUGGAGUGAUGGCUCACUGGUUAAGAAAGAGCACUGGCUGCUUUUCCAGAGGAUUCAAGUUUAA